UGCGCACGCGCAGGGGUGCGGCGUCCCCAGGCCGGAACAGCCCUCCCUAGGGAGGAGCGCCGUCACGGCCGAGCCACCCGCAGGCGUCGGGACGCUGCUGCCCCCGCCGCCUCGGUCAGCUGGUCCCAAGGGGCGGGGCACGCGCGCGGCUGACCCGAGGCCGUCCCCGCUCCGCCGCCCUCCGCCAGCCAUGCCUCUGCCGCGGGGCGACGUGACGGCCUUGUUCCUGGGGCCCCCGGGCUCGGGGAAGUCGGCGCUCAUCGCUGCGCUGUGCGACAAGAACGUGGACACGGUGGACAUCCCCGACGGGCGCACGGACGCCGCGGGCCCCAGCCUGAGAGCGGCGGCCCCGGGCCUCUUCCUGGGUGAGCUGAGCUGCCCGCCCGCGACCCCCGGGCCCUGGGCGGCGGAGGCCAACCUGCUGGUGUUGGUGCUGGCGGGGUCAGAGGGCGCCGGGGAGCCCCUGGCGCCAGCCCUGGGCGAGGCAGCGCGGGCCGCCCUGGCCAGAGGGACCCCGCUGCUGGCCGUGCGGAGUCUGCGUCCCGGAGAGGCCGGGGGCGCCGCUCGGGCCCGGGAGGAGACCGCGGCCUCGCUGCUCCGUGCCGGCCUGGGAGCCGCGCCUCUCUUCGUGCUGCCGGCCGAUUGCAGCGGCGCCGACGGCUGCGAGGAGCUGGAGCGUCUGCGGGCGGCGCUGCGGACCCGGGCGGACGCGCUGCAGAGGCUCCUGCCGCCGGCCCAGGAUGGCUUCGAGGUGCUGGGCGCCGCCGAGCUGGAGGCUGUGCGCGAGGCCUUCGAGACGGGCGGCCUGGAGGCGGCGCUGUCAUGGGUGCGCGCCGGCCUGGAGCGCCUGGGCAGCGCGCGGCUGGACCUCGCCGUGGCCGGCGCCGGUGACGUGGGCCUCGUGCUGGACGCGCUUCUGGGGCUGGAUCCCGGCGACCCUGGGGCCGCGCCCGCCCCGGCACCCACCGCGCCCGCCGCGUACCCAGCCCCCGAGCGCCCCAACGUAGUGCUCUGGACCGUCCCCCUGGGCCCCGAGGCCGCCCCGCCCCGCCCGGCCCGCUAUGACGCCCUGGUCCUCGUCACGCCCGGGGCGCCCACCGGGGAGGACUGGGCGCGCGCCCGCCCGCUGCUGCCUCCAGACGCCCCGCUGGCCGCGGUGCGCACGGACGGCUGCGGCGAGGACCCGCCCGAGGCCCUGGAGGAAGAGCCGGCGGCGGCCGCGGCGGCGAGCCCCGGGGACCCCGAGGACGAGCAGUGGGAGGUGCUGGAGGAGCAGCCGCCGCCCGUGUUCCCGCUGCGGCCCGCCGGCCUCCCGGCGCUGGAGCGCUGGCUGCGGCGCGCGCUUCCCGGGGCGCAGGCUUCGGCGCUGCUGCUGGCGCUGCCGCCCGCCAGUCCGAGUGCAGCCCGGGAGAAGGCGGCAGCGCUGCGCGCCGGUGCGUGGAGGCCGGCGCUGCUGGCCAGCCUGGUGGCCGCCGCGGCACCCGUACCCGGGCUGGGCUGGGCCUGCGAUGUGGCGCUGCUCCGCGGGCAGCUGGCCGCCUGGCGGCGCGCGCUGGGCCUCGAACCCGCGGCCGUGGCUCGGCGCGAGCGCGCCCUGGGCCUGGCAGCGGGGACGCUGGCGGCGCGCACGCACUUCCCGGGCCCGGUGACGCGCGCCGAGGUGGAGGCCCGGCUGGGGGCGUGGGCGGGCGAGGGCACGGCGGGCGGCGCAGCGCUGGGCGCGCUCUCCUUCCUGUGGCCCGCGGGCGGCGCGGCGGCCACCGGCGGCCUGGGCUACCGCGCGGCGCACGGCGUGCUGCUGCAGGCGCUGGAAGAGAUGCUGGCGGACGCCGAGGCCGUGCUGGGGCCCGCGCCCGAGCCGUGAGGACGUCAGUGGCGGCGGGAGGACGGGGGGUGGGUGGGUGGGGACAGGGGUCGAGGCGGGCUCAGCCCGGGGGCUUGAAGGGGGCCGGCUGCUCGCUGAGGGCUGCGGUCCCCCGAUUCCCGGCGUUCGGGCGGGAGUGUGUUGUUCAGACAUGGACGCGGGGACGAGGCCUGGGCUCCAGGAACUGGGCCUGGAGGAGGACCUGGAGUGCUGGGCUCCUGUCUUUGGGGGAGGAAGGGGUGCGGGCCGCCGCUGUGCCCGGAGCCCGGCGCGGCCUGGCAGGCCUUCCACGCCGUGGGAAGGGGCAGAAAGGACAGCGCUGGCUGCCGGAGGUGCCCGAGGCCGCGGGAGCCCGGGCCUCCCCUCAGCCCGGCUCCGCAAGCCUGGGUUGUUUUUCCGAGGCUUGGAUCCCGCCUCAGGACUGCUUCUGUCCCCAUCUGCCAGGUCCCCUGAAGUGGCCCCUCUGACCAUCCCAAGUCGGUUGCACUGACCUUGGCCCCUUGGUCGGCCGCAGAGCACGCAUUACAAUCAAUAACAGCUCUAUUUAUUUUUCAUACUGUUUCACCUUUUGGCUCUUGCCUGUCUUUCUUGGGUGUCCCGGCACCCAGAGAGUGCCUGGCACGGUAGGUGCCUAGGAUUCACUGUUUCCGUUUCUUGCUCAUCGGCACCGGGCCUGACUCCAAGUUGUCCAUAUCUCGAUUCAAAAAGGAAGAGGCGAGCACCGGGUAGGGGGUGGACGGGAGCCGGCACCGCUUGGCCACGGUCAUCACCUGAAGGAGUGCCGUUAUGUGUCCAUCUGGCAGAGAAAGGGGCACGACAAGACCCAGAGAGGGCUCUGGUUGAGGGCCCCUGCCCGCUGACCUUGGACUCUCACCGUGGACACCUCUGAGGAGGAGGCUCCUGGUGUGGGGCUGCCUGUGACCCCAGGACUGGACGGUGGAGAUGAAGAGAUGUGAGGCCAUCCUCAGCGACAUAGACAGGCCUGGAACUCCACGUGCUCUGGCCGGUCUCCUCACUUCUCACCCAGCACACCUCAUUGCAGCGUGACAGAGAACUCUCCCGUGUGGCCUGGGUCGUCAGGACCGGUGUGUUCACAGUGCUCACAGCUGCCCCCACCGCCCACAGGGGACACCUGAUUGGAAGCAGCAACCCACAUGCCCACACCGCCUCAGAUUUCAUCAUUCCCCAGCCACCCAGUGCCCCACACCUUCAAGGCCCUGCAGCUGGAGCCAGCAGCCGUCCACAGGGGCGGGGGCGACCACUGAGCCCCACUGCCCUCAGUGUAUCCAGCAGGCCUUGGGUUUGGGGCUUCCCCCUCUGCCUCCCGAGUGGCCGGCUCACACCAUCUCCUGGCUUCCCAGUUCUUCCCACUGCGAUGUCAGUGACUCACAGGAAAGGAAUGGAAGGUAGACCUCAGUGGCCAAGGGGGAAGGGGCCAGGGGCCAGGGGCCAGGGCGCAACACACAGGCGUGGAGAGACUGCAGGGUCUGACUGGGUGAGAGGACGCUGGGCAAGUCCCCCAGCCGAUGCGUGUUAGUUGCUUUUCUCGUCGCUGUGCCAACAACCCGGAAAAGGCCACGUACUUACUGAAGGGCUUUGGCGGCCUCACCUGGGAAGCAGAGCGCCUUGGUGUUCCGCUGGCCCCCCCCAGUCCUCACCCCAGGACCACAGCCUGUGGGCCGGCUCCUCACACAGCAGGCGGCCACUUCACCUAACCGAGGCUGCUCACCUCCAUAGCCGUGCCAGUGGAUUCCGUCAGCUCAGCCGGGGCUCCCAACCCUCCACAGUGAGGUCUGGUGCCCUCUGCUGGCAUGGGGCGGGCACUACAUGGAAUAAAUCUUGAAACACUAGUGCUCACAGCGGCAGGCAGCUGAGGGUGCGCUGUUGCGCACCGGCACGCGAACGCGCUGGAACUCCCACCCAGCUCACCGCGCUGCACUUCCUCUGGAGAAGCCUGGAGCACAGGUGUGCUCCUUUGCUGCCCGGCCCCACUCCUCGGCCCGGCAGCCGCAGCGAGCCCGCUGGGGCUUGUCCGCCUCAGCCAGCCUGGACCCCGGCACGUGGCCAGUGACAGCUGUGCACUCCUGAGCCGACUGCCUCCACCUCUUAAGUGCUGGGGUCACAGCGUGCCCCAUGCCUGCUCUGCCUUGUCGUGCUUUGGUGCCAUCCGGCACCUGCUCUGCCCUGCUGCUGUUCUCGGCGUGCUGAUCCGGCAGAAGCGUGCUGCAGCUGUGGCACACUCUGGUCAGCUCCGAGGGUGUAACAGUGCCUGUGUUUCCUGACUCCUUAGGGGUAAUUGCCUGUCUUUUGUUGUUCUGUUACUUGGAGAUAGAAGGUCCAGGCUGUCUCAAUUCUUUUUUAAACGGGUUUCUCUGGAGUCCUGGCUGUCCUGGACAGAUUUGUAGACCAGGCUAGCCUCAGACUCACAGAGAUCUGCCUGCCUCUGCCUCCUGAGUGCUGAGAUUAAGGGUGUGCCCCACCAAUGCCAGGCUGUCUCAAACCCUGGAGGCCAGGUGCCCCUCCUGUGCCAGCCGCCCGAUCCUGGAUUAAAGGCCGAAGUGGCUGCUCUUUAAACUACUGCUUCCCCGUCCCUGCAAUAGGGCCUUCCUCGGUAGCUCACGCUGGCCUCGAAUGCAUGCCCCGGCCUCUGAAGAUCUGGGUCACGGGUGUGAGUGAUGACCUUCCGGGCCUGUGUGAUCUUCUGUUAGGAGUUUUAGGGUUUUCCAGGGUGUAAUACCGCCGGGCAUGAGACAGGGUCUCCGGAGGCAUCUGCACAGAGAAGACUCCUGUUCCACCGCCCAGCAGCUGCCAGCGGGCUGCUCUUGGGGCUGAAGGGCCUGCAGGAAACCUGGGAAAUGCCGGUGUUCCAAACUGGAUUGUAACUGUAUAGUGAGUCUGGGCAUUACCCUUGUCAGAAAAGCAGAUUCAAACACUCUGACUGCCGGGUGGGGAGGGGUGGCUCUCUACCUCUAGCUGUGUAGGAACCAGCUGUUGGAAGGCGGGACAAAGCCAGUAGCCGGGCAACCUGUGUGUGGUCUGGAAGAAUGAGUAAAAACACUAGAAAUCGA